AUGCGGCUAUGCAUUCUUCUCACUUGAAUUGUAGUCUCUUAGCUACAAGGUCGAUCAGUAACGCAACUUGAGAAAAACCAAACAACUGAAGAGCUUUGACAGUCUGAUCCACUCGAAAACCAUCAAGAGGCAAAGGCGUGAACAGAAACGAUGGCUCAGCCGACGGUUAAUUCGUGCCGCUUCAUGCCGUCCAACAGGAUGAAACAGACCAGAAGCUCCGACUACGGUUUCGUACCCUUCCAAUUCGAAGACGGGCAAUCCAAAUUAGCCAGCACUAAGAGAAACCUCGACUUCGAAAUA